ACACACACAGCUGUCCAAGUCACAGGGGAUUAGUACACUCUCCCAGUCUGAUGAAUUGGAGACUGAAAUCGGAACGUCCUAGAAAAGAGUGUGUGCGUGGCAGACGACGGUAGCGGUGCACUCAGUCUCCUCCAUACUCUGUCACAACACGGUUCAACCUUUGAUCUGAUUGAAUUGGAGGGACUCGGGGAAAAAAAAUAUUUGUCCCCACACCACCCUUUCUAAAAAGUGUCCGGUCUCCUAGGUAUGAACGUUACCAGUGCUUUGUAGCUCUGCUGAGCUUCGGGCUUUCUGAGGUGCUUCAAUCCACGCUGUCUCCUUAGUAAGCACUGCCAUUAACUGUGCCCAGGGAAGGGGACAUUCCAGCAACAGCGGGAAGCUUUCUUCAGCGUUUGUCGCUGAAGCCAAGGCCCUCUUUAAUAGCCAUGUUAUCUGAAGAAAUUUCGCAGCUAUUUUUCAUCCAAGAUGUCAAACCAAUGUGCUUUUUUAUAUGGCUUUAAGCGUUAGAGUUGGAGAUGCUGACGCUUAAGCUGUCUUGCCUGAGAGACUUUUAAGUUUGUCACUCAGACUUCGAAAUUGUGUCAAUUCUAUAUUGGACUAAUUUUUUGGUCCACCCUGGCGUGUGUGAACUGAAGAGCGACUGGGAUGUGGUGUCUGUAGCUUGUGUGGCAACUUUGCCUACAAUUCAAAUAUUUUUAAAGGUAACCAAGGAUGAAUCGUCGUCCUAUAAAUUUUGGGGUCUGUCUGACUGGAACUCAGUCAAUAAUAGGCAGAGCUUUUAACAUCAGAUUUAGUGACCCCGGUGUGAAAUCUCUGACACCUAUUUUUUAAAUCCUAAACUAACCUGUGUUUGCCCACCCUCUUUAAAAGGAAGCCAGAGUGACAGCUCUUACUGAUAUUAUCUAUGAUCGUUUCCAAAGCGGAACGAUUUGCAUCCCCCCCCCCACAAACACACUCCUUUCUUUAUGCCCCCUCCUUAAACCUCCACUUUUUCUCCCGUAUAGUUUUCCGUGCCUUCCUCUACCUCAGUCUGGGGAGCGCUCCCUUAGCUCAGCCGCUGGGAGAACUCCAUCAUCUGUAUCAGUGAAAUGAAAAGAAAAAAAAAAAAAAAGACCUGCGUCCUGGAAGAGCCAGUGUGAGCCGGGCGCCGCGGUGCACAACGCCCGCAGAUGGCUCGCAGAGGCCGGGGCGCGGCAAUCCAGGCGCCCCAAGCAGUGGCAGGGCGGGGUGGGGGCCGGGGCUGGAGGCCGGGGCUGGAGGCCGGGGCGGGGGAGCACGGGGCCCCUCUCCCCUCCUCUCUUCCCAGCCCCUCACCCCCACCCCUUUUAUAUAUAUGUAUAUGUAUUUUUUUCCUCCCAAGUUCUCUUGCCUCGCUAUCCCCCCUUGAAUCCGAAGGCGCCUCGCGAUUGGGUGCUGGGGCCGGGUACGUCAGUGGGACUGUGACGUGCAGUCUUCCUGUUUCCUUCAGCUGUGUCUUAAAGUAAAUCUUGUUGUGGAGCGGAGCCCUCAGCUGAGAGAGCGCUGGGAAAGCGUCCGCCACUGCAGCUGGGGAAGCCGCGCGACGCACACGAGCUUCACCGCCGCGCCCGCUGCGCCUCGGGCCAUCGCGCCGCGCUCCGCGCUCCAGCCCUCGCCUCCUCCUCCGCUCCUCUGCUUUCUCUCUUCUUUCCCCGGGCUCUGGGCUCUGCCCUGCGCGCCUUUCCCCUCCCCUCCCUCCUUACUCCCCUCUUGUCCCAGCACUCGCCCGGUUCACUCGCUCUCGCACAGACUCACCGACCCCUGGGCCAAUUAUCACUCGUAAGACAUCACUGCCUGCGCGCGUGGGUUUCUUCUCUCUGCCCGCAAGAGAGAGAGAGAAAGAGAGAGAGAGAGGGAGAGAGAGAGAGAGAGAGAGAGUGAGAGUGGCUGCGCCCCGCUGCUGCCCGCACCGCGGGGAAAAAUGGUGUUAUUUACAUGAAUCGUAAUCAAAUAGCCUCUAAAAACAGUUUUCUAAGCAGGAGCCUCAGUGGAACUCCGAGCUCCUCUCCUCUCAGUUACGAAGAAGCUGGGAGCUUGCACCGGGCUCUACAGCCAAGGAGGGACAGUCCCGAGGAGCGAGCGCGGUGCCCCUCCACCCAGUCUGUGCGCCUCGCUGGCAGGCACAGAGUAGGGGCAGUUGGCCCAGGAGCCUCAGGACGCCGCGCGCUGCGGAGGGCCGGCCCUGGGUCGGGGUGUGCUUGGGCCGCCCAUGGGCGAGAAGCCCCCAGCCAUUACAGGCACGCUCGGGUAGUGGGCAGCUGCGCUCCGGCUUCGGCUGGGUAGUGCUCCAGUGUUGCCCCAGUUCCUAGGACUGGGAGGGAGAAGAGCCCAGCUGAGCGGAGAGGGUCCCGGGAUUCUUGAGCUGUGCCCAGCUGACGAGCUUUUGAAGAUGGCACAAUAACUGUCCAGUGAUGCCUGACCAUGACAGCACAGCCCUCUUAAGCCGGCAAACCAAGAGGAGAAGGGUUGACAUUGGAGUGAAAAGGACAGUAGGGACAGCAUCUGCAUUUUUUGCUAAGGCAAGGGCAACAUUUUUCAGUGCCAUGAAUCCCCAAGGCUCAGAGCAGGAUGUUGAAUAUUCUGUGGUGCAACACGCAGAUGGGGAAAAGUCGAACGUACUCCGCAAGCUGCUGAAGAGGGCAAACUCGUAUGAAGAUGCCAUGAUGCCUUUUCCAGGAGCAACUAUAAUUUCCCAGCUGUUGAAAAAUAACAUGAACAAAAACGGUGGCACCGAGCCCAGUUUCCAAGCCAGCGGUCUCUCCAGCACAGGCUCCGAAGUACAUCAGGAGGAUAUAUGCAGCAACUCUUCAAGAGACAGCCCCCCAGAGUGUCUUUCCCCUUUUGGCAGGCCUACUAUGAGCCAGUUUGAUGUGGAUCGCUUAUGCGACGAGCACCUGAGAGCAAAGCGCGCCCGGGUUGAGAAUAUCAUCCGGGGUAUGAGCCAUUCCCCCAGUGUGGCAUUAAGGGGCAAUGAAAAUGAAAGAGAGAUGGCCCCGCAGUCUGUUAGUCCCCGAGAAAGUUACAGAGAAAACAAACGCAAGCAGAAGCUGCCCCAGCAGCAGCAACAGAGUUUCCAGCAGCUGGUUUCAGCCCGAAAAGAACAGAAGCGAGAGGAGCGCCGACAGCUGAAACAGCAGCUGGAAGACAUGCAGAAGCAGCUGCGCCAGCUGCAGGAGAAGUUCUACCAGGUCUAUGACAGCACCGACUCUGAAAAUGAUGAAGAUGGCGACCUGUCUGAAGACAGCAUGCGAUCGGAGAUCCUGGAUGCACGGGCCCAGGACUCGGUGGGGCGCUCAGACAAUGAGCUCUGUGAGCUGGACCCGGGGCAGUUCAUUGACAGGGCUCGAGCCCUGAUCAGGGAGCAGGAGAUGGCUGAGAACAAGCCCAAGCGAGAAAGCAGCAACAAAGAAAGAGACCACGGGCCAAACUCCUUGCAGCCAGAAGGCAAGCAUCUGGCAGAGACGUUAAAACAGGAGCUGAACACGGCCAUGUCACAGGUCGUGGACACGGUGGUCAAAGUCUUCUCAGCCAAACCCUCUCGCCAGGUUCCUCAGGUCUUUCCACCUCUCCAGAUCCCCCAGGCCAGAUUUGCAGUCAAUGGGGAAAACCACAAUUUCCAUACGGCCAACCAGCGCCUGCAAUGCUUUGGUGACGUCAUCAUUCCGAACCCCCUGGACACCUUUGGCAAUGUGCAGAUGCCCAGUUCCACAGACCAGACAGAAGCACUUCCCCUGGUGGUCCGCAAAAACUCAUCCGAGCAAUCCGCCUCUGGCCCAACCACAGGUGGCCACCACCAGCCCCUGCACCAGUCGCCUCUCUCUGCCACAGCCGGCUUCACCACCCCUAGCUUCCGCCACCCCUUUCCCCUGCCCUUGAUGGCCUACCCAUUUCAGAGUCCACUAGGUGCUCCCUCUGGCUCCUUCUCGGGAAAAGACAGAGCCUCUCCCGAGUCCUUAGACUUGACUAGGGACACGACGAGUCUGAGGACCAAGAUGUCGUCCCACCAUCUGAGCCACCACCCCUGUUCACCAGCACACCCACCCAGCACCGCGGAAGGACUGUCUUUGUCACUCAUAAAGUCUGAGUGUGGCGAUCUUCAAGAUAUGUCCGACAUCUCACCUUAUUCGGGAGGCGCAAUGCAGGAAGGGUUGUCACCCAAUCACUUGAAAAAGGCAAAGCUCAUGUUCUUUUACACCCGCUACCCCAGCUCCAACAUGCUGAAGACCUACUUCUCUGAUGUGAAGUUCAACAGAUGCAUUACCUCCCAGCUCAUCAAGUGGUUCAGCAAUUUCCGUGAGUUUUACUAUAUUCAGAUGGAGAAGUAUGCGCGUCAAGCCAUCAACGACGGGGUCACCAGCACAGAAGAGCUGUCCAUCACCAGAGACUGUGAGCUGUACCGAGCCCUCAACAUGCACUACAACAAAGCAAAUGACUUUGAGCAGGUUCCAGAGAGGUUCCUGGAAGUUGCGCAGAUCACAUUACGGGAGUUUUUCAAUGCCAUCAUCGCAGGCAAAGAUGUUGACCCUUCCUGGAAGAAGGCCAUAUACAAGGUCAUCUGCAAGCUGGAUAGUGAAGUUCCUGAGAUUUUCAAAUCCCCGAACUGCCUCCAAGAACUCCUUCACGAGUAGAGAUUGCAACAACUCUUUUGAAUGUAUGAAUAGAAGAAGUCCCCCUUGGAUGUCUAACUUCUGUGUGUCUAGAUUUUUAUUUCCUAUCUGUGUGUGGGGGAGGCAUGGGUGUGUCGUGAUAUCAGCUGGUGGUUCCUGCUCAUCCCCUCUGGGUUGUUUUAAUUUUCCCCACUACAGGGGGAUGGGUACCUUCCUUCUUCGCCUUUAGUUACUUUUGCCCAAGGCCCUUAAUAUUUGGAGACUUGAGGUUGGGUUGAUUUUCAGGAAAAGGGAAUGUCAGCCUGUGUAAAGUCUACAAGAGCCAAGGACACUCUGCUCACCUGGAAGCCUAUUGUAAAAGGCCACCAGCAGAGCAGAACCCUGACUAGGACACAGCACACACCCAGACCGCCCCCCCCACCCCUACCCUGUGCCGUGUCUCUUGUUUCUAGGGUUAAGAAGUUCUGAGAGAACUCAAGGAAAGCACUUCACACACUGGAAUACCCUGUUUAAUUUGAGCCUCAUAAGUAACUUUUUCUUACAUGUUUUCACAGAUGCCAGCGGCAGCUGGGCAGCUCACACUCAAAAGUACCCUCAAAGGACAGAUGUUUAGAAUGGUCAUCAUCACCAAGUCUUUUCUAAGAGAAAUGGCAUACACCCCAGACUAAAUUUUUACAAAACCGAGUCUCUGGAGAUGAGACUGGAAAUCUGUGCGGGUGGACCAGCUGUCCCUGUAAACUUUGUAACGGGCUCUUGGUGGGACAUGUGCUCGGGACGUGUGCUCAGAGGUGUUGACUUAGAGAAGACCCUGUACUUUGUCUUCAUUUCCUAUUUAUUUUGCUUCAGGUAUUAAAAGGCAUGUACCUUUCACAUGUAUUCCUUUGCUCAACUUCAUAUGCAUUGCUGUUGCUGUUUAACCCUUUUUGUUUCUCUCCUAAAACACUAAUUCUGGAUACCUUUCUAUAGUAAGGAAUUCAGAAAUGCCACUGGCCAUGAAAUCCUUGCCUACUCUUGGAGCGUGUUGACAGUUGCUGGUGGACCCGACCUUCACAUUGUGUGAGGACACCACCCAGGAAUUGCUCCUUUACAUGAGUAUGCCAGGAUGGCCGUCUCUCUCUUCACUUUGGGUAUAAUAUCUUAAAGCGACAGAUAAUGUUGACCAAAGUGUGAGAAGAAUACAAUAGGUUAGUUUGGGGUUACCUAAGAAGACACAAUUUCAGCAUACUGAGAAAGCUAGCUGCUAUUUUCCCCAUUCUCAAAUGGCUCCCCCGCCCCAUUUUUGAUGACAUACCAUGCCCUAUGCUUGCAUUUAAAAUGCUGGGUACCAUUCACACUUGCUUUCUUUGCUGGAUUUUUGUGUACAGAUGCUGUGAACAGCACUGUCCACUCUAAUAGUGUGGUCCAGGCCCCUUCUUCCCCUUAGAUAAUUUGAUAGACAGACUCUAAAAGCAACACAGUAACAGAUCUGGCAUUUAAAACAUAAAGAACAGAAAUGCCGUUUUUCAUUAAUUUUUUUUAAAGUAAAAAUCAGCAUUUGACUUUGGAGGAUGCAGGUCAGCCCUUGUGCCUGUCUAGCUGGCUGGAUCGCUGUAAUUCAACAUCAUUUAUAAAUUCUGCUGAUGGACAGGAAUGUACGAACACAAUUAUUGUCAGCACAAAGCCUGAAAACCUGCUGACUUUAAGCUAAACAGUGGAGCUCUGCGAGGCCCGGCAUCUUCCAGGAGGCCAGAAGGCCCUAGCAAUGAGGACAGAGCAUGAACAAUUAUGGCCAAUGCUAUUCAUUCACUACAAUGGCAUCGCCUAGUGCUCACGCACCCAGAGAGGCAUAUAAAAUUGUUAAGAGUGUAUUGCUUAUUUUUCUGGGUGUCUUUAGAAACAAGAAGCCCAUGUAACCAACCAUACCACUAAAAUAAAUGCUAAAAGUCAAACGACAGAAUCAGGAACCCAGUCAGUAAAAAUUAUGGAAGUCUUUGGCUUGCUUUGUCUGGAAGGUUCCUGCAAGGGCCCAGCAGGGUCCUGGCUGUUCCGAGUCACAGGCCAGUCGGAUCCCCACCAUGUCACCCUUCGCAAGGUCAAAGGCAAAGCUGCUGGGUAGUCAGCUGGGUAGACAGAUUUCUAGGUAUCUUCACAAUCUGGGGCAAAUGAAUAUUGAUUCUAGACUUGGAUUUUUAAAAUAUUGUUUUCUUCUGCCUUUCUAAUUGAAAUAAGCAAAUUUAGCAAAAACAAUGUGUAUGUUCUGCUGACUGUUGGUGCCCUUAUGUACCUAGACUCCCCUCAGUGUUCAUUACGGCUGGAGGUGACUUCACACUGGCAGUCUGAGGACAGACUCAGCCCUAUAUUGGAAGCAGGUGUCCGUGACUUUGCAUUGAGGUGGUUGCUCCCAAUACAGCCAUCAGGCCAUGCAUCCUCCAGUACAGCGGUAAAAUCACACAAGCCUGUCUCCAAUGCUCCUAUCAAGCAGUUAGUCUUUAAAUAAAACAAUAACAGUAACAAAACCUACUACCUUUCAAAUCUUGACUCAGCUCUCACCAAGUGAAACUUUUCUUUUUUGUGCACAGGAGAAAGUUGACUUUUCACAGUGGGAGAGUGGGGACCAACUCUAAAGUCUGUUGCAAUUCCAUAUCUUCACGUCUUUUAUGCUAACCCUAUAUUAUUUUUGCGCGUACACUCAAGGUGAUAAGUCUGUGCCUAGAUCUAAAAUGCACCAGCGCGGGGAUUUUUCAGAAUCCUUCAGAAUACCAGUUCUUUCCCCACCAGUACAACUGUUCUUGUGCCUUCUGUGGCUCUCUGUCUCAUCUCUUUUUACUUUAUUUCCAGUACUGCAGCUGCAAUAAACACUACAUUUUUUCCUGGCUGUUUGACAUAAUGUUGAUAGCUAUGCAUAUUUUGCGUCUUUUUAAAAUGAAGCGGGAGAAUAAUGUUUUUGAAGAAGAGAAAUUUUUAGAACAGUUUGAUACACCGCAAAUUAUUUUUUUCCUCAAUUGUUUGAGCAGCAUUCGAGUUUUGGAGAUUCUUGUAGAAGCCAGUUUUUUUUUGUUUUUUUUUUUUUUUUUUUUUUGUAACUGUGGUGUAACUCUUGUUUUUCUUAGCCUAAUGAGAAGCACUAUAGAAGCAAUAUUUCAUACCAUGUGCAAUGUGUGUGCGGAGGUGUGGGUGCAAACACACGGGCACACACAUGUAAAAAUAUACAUAUGUAUGCGUGUGAGGUGGAAAGCUUACCUUUCCCUAUCUAGACUUCAGAGCUUAUUUCUGGCAUUUGUUAUGUUUCGUGAGAAGAAUGUUCUAUUUGCAACAACACAACAUUGACUUCUUACCGUCUCUCUGGCUGUUCAAUGGAGAUGUUUUGCAUUAAAUGGUAAAAAUAUGUGGAAGAUGUUAGGAUGUAGUAAUUACUUCAGUAACUGUUCUCCCCCAUAUUCCUGAAGUUUGCUUUGUGCCUCCGAGUGUUACUUAAUUGAAGUGUUUUAUGUUUGAAGAAAUCCUUGUUACUGUGCUAGGAAUAUGGGUGAAUAUCAUUUAAAAAAAAUUUUAAAAUGUCAAAACAGAAACACUAAAGCAAAGGGGAACUUUUAUAAGGAAAUGUAAAUAUUUAACCUCAUGGCCGUUGUUCCGUAAGACAUGAGAUUUUAAUAAAUACCUACAGUAUCACAGCAUCUGUUGAAUUUAUUAGGGACACUACAGUAACUACAGGCAGUUGAAAGCAUUCUCAAAAACCCUGUUCUCUACUUGCAAAACACAAUAGUCUCUAUCAGAUGUCAAAGGCAAGGGUAAUGGCGUCUCUGUAAAUCUGUGACAUUUCUUUUCUGUGUACAUGAAGACAUUUAGUAAGUUGUCCCCCACAUCCACACACACAUGCAGGUUAAUAUCGACUACUUACAGAGUUUCGGGAGGGAACUAAACAUAGACUGCACCCCCAAAGUGACCAUAAAUCAAUCAAAGAGCAGUUUGCGGUUUGCCGAUGUUCCCUGGAGCAGCAACGUGUGUACGGACACGAACACCGUUGCUGUGUAUGUUACAGAGUAUUCCUGGUGUGAACAGCACAACCGUUUCCUCCUGGUGUAAACUCUGUGUCUGUAGAUUACAGCCCUGUUUUCAAAGGCUCCCCUUGGAAAACACAAUGGUUGGUACGUGCGCCACCGCAUCGCACUUCCGUGUCACGUGCGAGGUAGCGCACCUUUGCCUCUGUGGCGCAGCUGGUUUCAAACCACCUAAAAAGUAAAACUAAAAUUUUCAUCCUCAGAGCUGGGGUUCACGGUGGUGUUUAAUCUCCGCGUCCUUUUGAAGGACCCUUCUAAGACUAUGUGGAAGCUCGUGGACUUUGAGUCUUCUCGACUGAGCUCGCUCUCAAAUCAGACACCCUCCUGGUGUGCACACAACGCGAACAGGCAGGCAAAUGGCAGGCCUGCCUUUGUGGAAAUGGAUUUACUAGAUAUUUUUUUUAACAACAAAUUCCUCUGCGUAUGAGGGAAUAAAGCAUUUUAAAAUUGUAUAUUGCCACUUCAAAUUUAGACUUAGGAAAAAUGAUGUAUUUGGAGUUGGUCUCAGCUCCCAAGAAGGGUCAAAGGUCACAGCUUCCCCCAACAUUGUCCCAGCCAUUUCUCAUGUGUAUAUAGUAUAAACCGUGACAAACACUGCCUUUAUAUGAUUUAGCAAUAUGUUGUAAAUAGCAUUAUGAAGCUCUUUUUGUAAUAAAGACCCUUUGGUUUGAAUAUAGUACAAUAACUGAACUGAUAAAGUCAUUUUUGAUUUUUUUUUUAGCUAGAGGCAAUUUCAAUUGUGCAUUUUGUUAUUGUCUAUUGUUCUGAAGACUGCAUAAUUUAUUGGUUUAAUUUAUCCUAAUUUAUUUGAUGAAGGUGUACAAUUUUGUAUUACCAAGGAUGUACUGUAAUAUUAAUUGAUAGGAUAAAACAGUGAGACUCCCUGUCCAUCUUCAAAAGAAAAAAAAGGUGCCGUAGACAAUUGAUUUUAAAGUAAAAAGUAAAUCAAUUUAGUUUGGCAGCUACUAAAUUUUAAAACAAGGAAAAAAAAGGACAAUGUUGUCAUGGGGAGGGCGGGGAGGGUUUCCGUUGUGUGUUUGAAGCUUUUCUAUAUUCUCCGAACUUGGACCGUUUGCUUUGUACCACUAAAGGGUGCAGUAGUCAACUGCCUUGUGUGCCUUCCAUCCUCUCCUGAACUGAAUGUAUGUGCAGUAUAUAUGCAAGCUUGUGCAAAAUAAAAUAUACAUUACAAGCUCA